GUCAGUGUGUCAAACUACGGACUCUUAGUGAUACGUAAUUCCCUCCAAAAGCUCAUUGUGUAAUAUGAGACGGAUUUGAAAAGUGUGUGUUUAUGAAAUUUCAUAUAUUUCAAAUAUAAGAAAACAAAAUCUUAUCGACGCGAUAUAUAAUGAUAAUAUAAGUAUGUGUGUAAACGCAGAAUAGCCCUGUCAAGUUUGCUUCGACAAAAAUAGAAAUCACAUUAUCGAGCCUUGAAAAAUGUCUAACGCGAAGAUAAUAAAGAAUCCAGAAGUACCGGGAUUAGAAUGCUUCUUACCACCACCUCCGCCACCUCCACCUCCCACAACUUCAUCGACGAACGGUGUGUUGACGACUAGCGGUACACAAAAUCAACAACAGCAUGAACAACAAAAAUCGACUGUAGAAACAACGACAACGAAAACGACGACAACGACGUUAACAACGAUUACAACGGAAACGAUAACGAGCUCAACAACGGUAAAUCCGAACACGAUACAAACGACUCUUCCAAAUUUAGCGGUACCAACUCCGUACAUCCUGCACCCUACGAUGCAACCGCAAACACCGACGCAACCAGCUAUACCAUGGUGGAUUUCUACGGAGGCGGAUACCUCGGCAGACAUGUAUGCGCAAUGGUACAAUGAUACAUCGUACAAAACUGCACCAACUGCAAAUACUGUCGUCCAAGUAUCAGCGGUUCAGCAGUCGUCGAAACCGAAGAACAAAUAUUAUAAGCGUAAGAACGAGUUCAUCGAUCCUGCCCAAGAUGCAGAGAAAGUUGCCAGCGCCCAAAGGGAGUUGUCGGCGCUGAUGAAGCCGCUAAAGUGCGAUCUCUGUAACGCGGUGAUGAAUUCCACCCUGCAAGCAAAAUUGCAUUACGACGGUAAGCCACAUCAAAAGAAAGUAACCAUGUUUUUGAAUCAAAGCGUGAAGAAACAGAAAACGGAAGAUGGCCAAGUCAGUAGUACUACCGAUUGGCAAAAUCGGUGCGACAUCUGCAAGACGUGGUUCUCAUCGCAAAUCGAAGCGUCUCAACAUUACUCUGGGAAGAAACAUAUAAGAGUAGCUCAUGGGGGUCUUCGCUCGAGGCCGAAAAAGUCACAGAAUCAAAAUCAGUACAACCAAAUAGAUUCGACCGGUCGAUACGGCAUAGGCAUGGCUUUCCAACAAGACGUGCAAGUGCCAGGAACAUCCGCCGUGGUAUCUGAUGGUAGUAACAUCAUGGUGUCACCGCAAGGAACCCCGACUCCCAUUUACACACCCCCAGCAUAUCCCACCCCACUUCGUUGCGAUCUCUGCGGUGUCUCCGCGAAUCGCCAGGAUCAACUAGAAACACACAAACGUGGCGCCAGGCACAUGAGAAUGCUCAAACUAAAUGGAUUACCCAUUCCUGAACUACUUUCUGAAAGUGAAAACGCUUCGAGUUCGUCAGGUCCUAUAGAUUAUUCCAUUUAUAGAACACCCUCGGGCCAAUAUUAUUGCGCCCCAUGUAAUCUGUCGCUGAAUUCAGAGAGCACGUUCGCUCAGCACGUCGAAAGUAAGAAACAUAAAAAUCAAUCUAAUCCCAAGUCACCGUUGAACGCAGCAGUAAUAUCGAAGAAAGCAAGAUUCAAGAAGAAAUAAAUGAAAGAGCAGAACGAACGUCUAUAUCAUAUAUUUUCGUUCAAGUUUGAUUUUUAUUCAACAGAUUAUCGACAAUCGUUAUGUCGAAUAAGUUACACGCGUUAUCGAUCUUCAUUUUAACGUUUAACGGAGACGGAUUUAAUAAUAAUAAAUUUGUGACGUCUUGCCCAUAAAAUAAUAUGCGUAAGAAUUACGUUUAAAAAAAUGCGCGAGAAAACUUAACGCGAGCGUUUUUUUUUUUCAUUUUAAAUGAAAUAUACUCGCGGUGGAAUGUUCGUAUCGGCCGUUAUAUCGUCACAUCAGCAGAUAUUAAGAAUUAAAGUUAAGACCGUGAUUCGCGGCGUCGUCUGGGCCGAUGAUGAGAAACAUAAGCAUGUUAAAAGCUGGGGCCAUAUUUUAAAUGAAAUACCGAUUAACUUUAAAUUAAAUUUGCGAUAACUCGAGCGGUUACUUAGCGAAGCCGAGGACGGAGUUCGUUACAAUUUAUCUCGUAAACGAUCAUAAUCGUUCAUCAUAUUUAUUCAAUUAAGAAACUAUUAACGCUCGUUUGAAAUCAAGUAAGUAUUCUCGUUCCUGUCUGCCUAGACGUGGAGGAUUCGCGAGAUCGAAUGUUCGUCGUCAUCGUCGUAAGCUGUUCGUCACGUUACGCGUCGCGUUCUCCCAAGCCUCCCCGUGUCAUGGCCUAUACGUGAAAUUUAUGCUUCGCUUGUUCCUCGACCUUCCGUAGAAUUUAUGACCAAGAGCGAACGAGCCUAACAUCGAACCCUCUCGGGUCUAUUAAUUACCUGCUAAGGCAACGUGUAUGACUUAUCAACCGUUUACCAGUAUCUUUUUUACCUUCACCUUGGUACGACAAAUAUAUGAUCGAAAGACCGGUAAACGUAUAUAGAGAAUAUUACUGUGUCAGACACGACGAAUCAGAACUAAAUUUACGAGCAAGUAAAUUUACGACGGAUAAAAAGCUCGACUCUCGCGAUUCCUGGAUACGUUCGGAGCAUGACGAUAAAGACCAACGAUCAUCCUCCAAAUUAUCUCCAAAGUCAUUUUUCUUCUUUUUUUCAUCUUCAUUUUAUUUGUUUAUUUUUUUCUAUCCAUGUUGCUCGAUACACAACCGUCUCUAUUUUUCUAAGCGAAUUCAAAAGAAUUCUCUUGGCAAUUUGGCGAGGCAAAGGGUUAUUUUCUUUUCGAGCCCAUUUGUUUUUUGUUUUUCCGCUUUUGGUUCUUUUGCUCGUCCUUUCAGCGACUUAAAAAGGAAAACACAAAAGAAAGAAACAGAGAGAGAGAGAGAGAGAGAGAGAGAGAGAGAGAGAAAGAAAGAUUAGGAUCGUUCUCGCACGGACUUGUAGAUCGCUGCUUUAUACCUGCGCUUCGGAUUUUUAUGACCUCCCUGGUUCCACGUUUAGCGUGUAUUCUUUUUUUUUAUUUCCUUCUACAGCUUCCCACUCUAUCUUCUCUUUUUCUCUCUGCUUGUUUGUUCACGACAUCUACCAAAAUCCCUUUUUCCAUCUUCUCGUCUACCGCGUAGCUGAAUCCAGGGGUGCCACUCUUCUUCCACGUUUUGUUUUCUGACCCGAUGCUUUAUUAAACCUAAAAAAUAAGAGACAACGCGUUACGUUACAUUGUAGUUUGAAGAUUUAAGAGAACUCCUCUUAAAAGAGGAUUGAAAGAAAUAUAAAAAAAAAAAGGAUAAGAAGACAUAAAGAAGAAAAGAAAGAUAUCCUCGAGAGAAAGUUGUCUUUUUGUAUUCCAGUCACCAAUACCAAUAUCACAAACACCAUCGUCUCCUAGCAGCAAUCUUCGAGCGUAAAUUAGUAUGGAAUACAUAAAAUUCUGGUGGAUAUAUUUAAAGGAUAGGUUACGUCGUGUACAUGAUCGACGGACAACGGAGCUGGUAAGAUGGAAAACAUGCGAAUAAAUGUAAAAUGUUUUAUGAUGCAUUCUAUUUUAUUUUAAUGCUUUUUCUCGUGCGAAACAGAAAGAGAAAGAGAGAAGAUAUUAAUUAAAGACCGAGAUCGUCUACAUUUACGUGAUGUAGUUGCGUACUCGUAUACGUUUACGAGGAUGAUGUUAAUCCGGGAACUUUUAGAAUAAGAGAAAGAGAGAGAGAGAGAGGGAGAGGGAGACAGAUAUAUCUACAAAAAAGGUCGCUCUCAAUCUGUCACGCAACAGAUAGUAAUGCGCGUAAAAAGCCAUUAAUCGGAGCGGCUUACGGGCAAGGUUCCCUUCGAAUAUCGGUGGGGAAUUCGUCGUCAAUGACUGGAGAGAAUUUCUCAAGAGGAAGAUGAGUAGGAGGAUGGUAAAGAGUUUGAGGAGACUGUUAGUCGACUCGUUUCCACCUGCGAGAAGACGAUGCCGUGACGAAAAAAUCAAUCGAUCGAUUCCUUCCACCCCACCCCACCCCACCCCCUCUCUUUCUCUUUCUAUUCUACAAUGAUGAUGAACCCAUAUCGAAGGUUUCUCUUCACGAAUUCUCACCAAAAUUACAAUGAGCAUUUUGAAGUUUGUAAGUCAAAAAAAGAUCAUCGUAAAAAUCCUCUUUCGUGGUAUUUAUUAUUUAUCGAAUGAUAUUAAUAAAAUCUUGAUCACGAUUGAAGCAUGUGUUAGCGUAAAUAUCCGAAAAUAUCUAAAAAUAUCUUAUGGGUUUAUAAUUUUUGCCAAAAUGAAAAUUACUAAAUUAUGGUAUCCGUAUUGUGUUUAAAUAAUUUUGUCAUUUUAAGGUUUAUUAGGUUUCUACAUAAUUUGGCUCAAUUAUACAAUUCAAGAAAUAGUAAUUAUUUAAAUUGAAGAAAAAAUCAAAGUGGAGAUUAGACAAUUGUAUUGUUUAUUUUUCUAAUUUAAUAUCCGAGUAAUAUUUUAACGGUAUUUAUUAUUUAUGCAAUUUGAGAAAUCAGUGAUAAUUUAAUGAAGAAUAUUAGAAAGAGCAAACCUUUUAAUGGGGAUUCGUAUUCGACUAGGCAUAUAAAACAAAACUGUCAAUGAGAAAAAAGAGAAAAGAAAUAAAGAAAAUGAGAGAUAAAGAGAUCGUAUUGUGGAAUCAAAACGAGCUCGAGCAAAAGUCACUAAAAUAGGUAUACACAGGCUCAAACGAAUCAUUAUGGUUUCGUUUGGUCGCGUUUCGCUUCUAAUUUCGCUAACAAACGACUAACCGAGUUAGCGCGGGAACGGUAUAAACGGGUAUAAAACGGGGGAACGAACAGCGGCAACGGCAGCGGCCUCUUUUGUCUCGUGAAUUCCAUUGUCCGAUGAGAGAGAAAGAUAGUGAUAGAACGGAAAAGACAAAGUUCGUUCGAAAUAUCCGCACAGCGGUUGUUCGUUCAUUUUCUUCUUUUUUGCUUUUUUUAUUUUGUUCUUGUUUUUUUUUUUUCUCAAUACGUCGUCAAACAGAUCUUUCGACAAAUUUGUACAAUUAUUUCUCGAUUAGGAUGAAUCGACUUACCGUGGACGAAAUUAGCUCUUCUAAGCCGGUUGUAUCAAGGAUAACGAGAGAAAGAAAUGGAUGAAUAGAAAGAAAAAGAAAUAGAGAGAAUAUGUAAGCCUUAGUGUUGUGAUGCGAGUCGGCUAAUUGCGGAAGUUUCCUGAACAAUUUCGGUAUUAAUAAAGUUUUUUACGUCUUAUCUUGACAAGAGAAUGAGCAGAGACAAAGGGAGACAAAAAAUAUAUAUAUAUUAUAAGAAAAGAGAAAAAAGAUCUUCUUUUGAUUUUAUCUGAUAUUAUUGCCGUUUUUACGAAGACUUGCAGAAAAAAGCACCAACUAUUUAGUUUUAAACGAUUCUGAGCGUAAAUAUUAUCUUGUACAUACAAGCUUAGAUACACAGCAUACUUAAGCCAUAUAUAAAUACGUGCCUUGCCUUUUUUUUUUUUUUUUAAUCCUUUACUUUCGAUAGAUUUGAAUGAUAUUUUGAAAGUUUUUUUUUUCCUGAGUCUUCAAACAUUAUCCUUAACACGAUUAACUUCAAAGUAAGUGCUGAAAGAUUAUACUUCUAUUUCUUGGUAAACGAUCAAAUAGAAGUGACUAAUAAGAUAAAUACAUAUCUUGCGAAUUUACAAGGCAAUAAGAAAGGUGGCAAUAUGUAUAAAGAUAUAUACAUAUACGUUUUACUUAUAUAGUAUGAAUAAAUCCAAAUGUGUAUUGUACAAAAAAUACUUAUACUCGUAACAACUUCUUUCUCGUAAUCAACGAAACUCUUGUACCUAAUUGUAUAUAUUAAGUGUAAUAAUCAAUUCGGUGCUUUGAUAUUAAAUUCAUUGGAUCAAAAUUGCUAUGGUUUUUUUUUUGUCAAGUUACUCGGUAGUUGCCUGAAAGAUAGAUCAAAAUUAUUGAACACAAUGAAAAUUAAUUUUAAGAAUAAAAAGAUUACUUUAUAAAUAAAUACUAAAUUUGUGUUAAAAAGGCAUCGAAUUAAUUACUACAUUAAAUAAUAUACAUUGAAAGGGUAACAUCACGAGUGUGUUUGUUAUUGGAAUUUUAUUUACUUUGGAGCUCCUCAAAAUCGUAAUCCUUGAAAAUAUGACGCGAUACCUAUGAAUAUAAGACGAUGGAUAUGAAUAUAGUCUAACACAAUAAGAUAAAAAUAUUAAAAAUAAAA